GUAGUGUCGCGAGCGAGGCUGGAUGCUGAGCUGGUGCUGAUGGAGAAUCAGGCUCGAGGCGCUCCGAUAUGCGGGAUUUGAGGCUCUUUCCUCUGAGCGCGGCUGUUUUCUGCUAACCUGCCUCACCCGCCUCUCCGGGGGGCCGUAGCGGUGGUCCUCGAACAUGAUCCAGUGCGCGGGCUGCGAGAGGCCCAUCCUGGACAGGUUUCUGCUCAACGUGCUGGACCGCGCGUGGCACGCCAAGUGCGUGCAGUGCUGCGACUGCAAAUGCAAUUUAACGGAGAAGUGCUUCUCCAGGGAGGGCAGGCUCUACUGCAGGACGGACUUCUUCAGGCGUUUUGGCACUAAGUGCGCAGGCUGCUCACAGGUCAUCUCCCCCACUGACCUGGUACGCAAAGCACGUAGUAAAGUGUUUCACCUGAACUGCUUCACCUGCAUCAUGUGCAACAAACAGCUGUCCACGGGAGAGGAGCUCUACAUCCUGGAGGAGAGCAAGUUCCUCUGCAAAGAGGAUUACCUCAACAACAGCACCGCACUCAAAGACUCCACACACCUCUCAGUGACCGCGUGCAGUGAGCCGAGUUUAUCUCCUGACCCGCAGGACGUCCAUGAGGACUGCAAGGACUCUGAGGCCGGUCAGCUGUCCGAUAAGGAGACCUGCAGCACGGAGAACGACGAGCAGACUACGGGCACUAAGCGGAGAGGCCCGCGCACCACCAUCAAAGCCAAACAGCUCGAGACGCUCAAAGCAGCGUUCGCGGCCACGCCCAAACCCACGCGCCACAUUCGGGAGCAGCUCGCGCAGGAGACCGGCCUCAACAUGAGGGUCAUUCAGGUUUGGUUCCAGAACCGGCGCUCUAAGGAGCGGCGCAUGAAGCAGCUGAGCGCGCUGGGCGCCCGCAGGCACGUGCUGUUCCGCAGCCCCAGGAGGAUGAGGGCGCUGGGGGAGCGCAUGGAGCCCCCGGAGCUCAUGGCUAACGGACACUUCUCUUACUACGGAGAUUAUCAAGGCGAAUACUACGGACCAGGAGGCAAUUAUGACUACUACCCCCAGGGUCCUCCGUCCUCACAGGCUCAGACUCCAGGUGAUCUCGGCUACGUCCCCUCGUCAGGCCCCACGGGGACCCCUCUGGGGAGCAUGGACCAUCACCAUUCGGCUCAUCAUCCAGCUGGUGAGAGCCAGUGUUUCGGGGAGAUGGUAUCACACCACCCCGGGGACUCCCCCAGCCCGGAGCCUAGCGGCCCCACCUCCAUUCAUACCCUUUCCACGGACAUAGGCGGCCCCAUCACCCCCUUCACCUCCGUGACCUCGCUCGGUGCCAAUGGAUACACCAAUCAGCUCUCUCAGCCCUCUUCAGAAAUGAGCGAAGGCACUGUGUGGUAGCCGAGAGGCUUUUGUGAACAGUCAGGCCGGGACACACCGAUAAACAGACUCAGGUUCAAAGACGGCCUGGAAAUGUACUUUUUUGUUUGUGAUCUUAAUAUGGAUAUUUCAAUGAGUUAAUCUAUCUACGUAUUUAUCUAUUUAUUUAUUUGUUACUUUCUAUGUCUAUUUAUUUAUAAUAAUUACCUAUUUAUGUCAACAAACACAAACAGGCCACUGUAUUCCACCACUUUACUUGCUUUUUUUGCUCAUUUAUAUUUGUGUAAUUAAGAAAUGAAUGUCGAAAGGGGGUCUAUUGACCUUGCAGCAGCACUGUUGAUUGUCCUGGCAUAUAAUAGAAGGGGGGGCCAUCUAACAACAGCUGUCUGGAGCGGACAGUGUUUAAGUUUGCAGUGUAUCAGUUUAUUAUGUAUCAUAAACAGCAGUCUUUGCCUUCUGAGGCUUUGCCAUAUCGACACCACUCUUACAACCUGAAUAUUGACGUGACUGAGCGGUUAUUUUCCCACCAAAUCUCAGAGAGCCUGCCUUCAAAAGGAAAACCUGAAAACAGAGUUAUGAACCCUUUAUGUGAAACGAAAAAUGACUUGAACUGGAAGACAAAGUCUACCUUCGGAGAACGAUUUCAGCUGUGACCUGUAGUGAACAAAGAGCAGUCAACUGUUUACGACUACUUUCUUCAGGGGUUUGAAUAUCAGCAUUAUUUUAGAAAAACCUCUUGGUGCAGAUGGAGAACAUUUUCUUUUUUCUCUCAAGCAAACAACCAAACUUUUCUAUUCAUUCUAUUUCAAUUUGAGUUGUGAUUCACUGUGCUAAUUUGUAUGAUAUUGUGUUUGCACAAAGAAAUAAAACAAAUACACAAGC